AUGGGAUCACUAUCAACCCCCUCACCACCAAAACCAUGGAAAAUCAUCUUAAAUCAACCAAAACCCAUGAAAAUCCCACCCGCCAACUUCUCCCCACACAAAAACCCAAGAAAGCCCAUCUCCUGCCUCGCCUUCGAUCCGUCCAAAAUCGCCGCCUCCUCCGCCGCGCCGCCGCUUGUGGUGGUGGGCUCGGCCAACGCAGACAUAUACGUCGAGAUCGACCGGCUGCCCAGAGAGGGCGAGACCGUGUCAGCCAAAACCGGGCAGACGCUGGCCGGCGGGAAGGGCGCGAACCAAGCGGUCUGCGGCGGCCGGUUGCGGUACCCGACCUACUUCGUGGGUCAGAUCGGGAAGGACGCGCAUGGGAAGCUGAUAGCAGAGGCUUUGGAGGGCGGUGGGGUCUCGCUGGAUUAUCUGAGCGCUGUGGACGGUGCUCCGACGGGGCACGCGGUGGUGAUGCUGCAGGCCAACGGGCAGAACUCGAUUAUCAUCGUCGGCGGAGCGAAUAUGGCUUGCUGGCCGGAACUUUUGGACAGGGAGGAUUUGGAGGUUGUGGAGAAUGCGGGGAUUGUUUUGCUCCAAAGGGAGAUUCCUGAUUCUGGUGUUAAACAGGUACUCGUAAAACUCGGAGCCAAAGGGUCUGCAUUAUUCACACAAGGAAAGGAAACACUUAAGCAGCCCAUCAUAUCAGCUCCUAAGAUAAUUGACACAACAGGCGCAGGCGACACUUUUACCGCCGCUUUUGCUGUGGCUCUCGUGGAGGGAAAAUCGAAAACCGAAUGCUUGCAAUUUGCCGCUGCAGCUGCUUCACUCUGUGUUCAAGUCAAGGGUGCCAUACCGAGCAUGCCUGAUAGAGACUCCGUUUUGAAUCUUCUUCAUUCGACUGUUUGA